AUGGCUGCCAAUUACAGUGCCCAGACAGUGGCUCAAUUGAAAGAAAUAUUGAAGUCUAGAGGACUUCCUGUGAAUGGUGUGAAGGCGGACUUGAUUGCACGUUUGGAGGAGAGUGAUAAGAUUGAUGCAGAAUUGGACGAGCAAGAGAAGGAGGAAAAGGGAGGAGUCGCGGAUGCCAAGUCUGAAGCUGUUGCACCUGUUGCACCUGCACCUGUUGCACCUGCCGCUGUUGCACCCGCUGCACCUGCUGCACCUGUUGUCUUGGCUCCUACUAUUCCUACGGCUCCAGCUGCACCUUUGGCUCCACCUACUGCCCCAGCCGUGCUUGCUGCACCUGCUGCACCUGCUGCACCUGCUGCACCUGCUGCACCUGCUGCACCCGUUAUGACAUUGGAUCAGUUGAAAGAUGCCGCUGUGGAGAUGUUGAACCAAAAAAUAGCGAGGGCCGACAGAUUUAGCUUGGAAAGCGACGUCAAAUCUCUCAAAACGUCGUUGAAUAGAGUCCUUAAAUUCGGUGUUUCUCCGGAAUCUACCAUCGCUAAGGAACUCGGCUACAAAAGUGAUGCUCAAAGAAAGAGAGAAGAGGCUGAGCGUAAAACCAAGGAGUAUCAGAAGAAGAUCACAGAUGGUCAAUCUGAUGCACUGGCAGGUAUUAACGACGGUUAUUCAUCGCUCUCCGGUGUGUUCUCUGCCUGCAUUCUUAACCUUCCUCCUGACGUUACCAAGAAAUCUCUUUUUUGGCUGCAUACUUGA